AUGAUCAGGAACGUCUCUGUUGAGGGACCGUCUUUCACUGAAAAGGCGACAGACUUUUUGUUCGACCCGAACAUGUCGGACGUAGCUGCGUCGGCGAUCGGACCCGAAUUCGAGAUUUCCUACAGAAAUGGGCGCCUAUUUGCGGUCGUCAACGAAAGCGUCACUGAGGAAGAUCCGUUCGGAGCUUUCUCGCACGCUCACAACACCCACAUCGACAAAGCAGGGGAAAAAGAAUUGAGAUCAUCUCUCCCGGCUUUCGGCGUGUUGGCUGCAAUGGCUGCCACGGCGAUCCUUAUCCUGGUUCUUGCUGUGAUUAUCGGGAAAUUGAAAAGAAAGUACCCGUCGUCAAGCGACGAAGCCGAAGGAAGCGAUGGGCAGAAGACCGAACAGACCAAAGGCACGACCGUAUCCAACAUGAACUCAGCAACUACCGACACAAUCAAUAAUAAAAACCCUGAUGACGAAGCCAAAGUUACGAGCCAUUUCCCGACAGGAAUGCCGAGUUUCUUGGACAGAGUGAACAAGAAAUUCUUCCCCAGGCGCUCUGGGCAGCAGAAUUCAGUCAACAGCAUCAGCAGCAUUCCUCCAGAACACCUGAGGGAAAUCGUCGUCUUCUAAAUCGUCUUCCUCAAACCUGCACAUUUCCUCCCUUGUUGAUUUCCCUUUCGAGAGAGACUUCAUCUAAUCGUAGGAAAGAAUACCUGCCGAAAAUUUCGCGUUAUUUCUUUUUAUUUUUCUUUUACCGUUUUGCUAUCGUCUUCUUCCGAACUGGGAGUGCAAAUGUGAGCGCCGCGGGACCGAAAAAAGAAAAUGUUCGCUGCUCUGAUGGGUUUUGGACCCAGUCGUCGCGAUUUUGUUUCGUUUGAGUGUGAUAGUGUAAAUGCGAUUAAGCCAAUCCCUUGUUUUAUCCCUGACCCAUUCCAAAAAGUGCCCAGGUUUUGUGGAGUUUGCUGUGCAAAAAAGGAACGAAAAUCCCGUCCCUCCUGCAUCAUCUCCGAAGGGUUUAUUGGGGGUUGCUGGAAACGCCUUUUUGCGUGUUUUCAUAGCUUUUAAAAUUCCCCGAAGACCUGUUUAUUGGAGUAUUUACUUCAGUUUUCCCUGAAACAUUUUGGUGAUGGACAAAGUUCCUUUGUUGUGUUGCUUCAUUUGCGUCGGUUUUCACAUGACUGACCAGGAGACGAAAGAAUUGCUGUGCCAAUAUUCUUUCUUCCUCCUAGGAGCCUGUUGAACAUUGAAACUUUCCAUAAAAUCAACAGUUUGACCAGAAUAACUUGCUGGCCAUAGGGCCAGCGAAAGAACCUGGUACAAAGUUUAAUUUCGUUCGACGUAAAAGAGUGACACGUUGCAUUUCAUUCCUGAUAUUUUUUUAAAAAUUCAUUACUGAGUGUCUGAAAAGCCGUUUUUACCGAUCAGUGAGAAUGUGUGAUCCAUUUGAGCAACGCGCUGAUUUGGUCCAGGAAAACGCGGAGAACGAAGCGAAACGAAUUUCAUUUUGGUCCUAAGGAAGAGAAUAAUUUAUGAAAAUAUUCGAAAGGAUCUUUUCCUCGAAAAAAAAAAAAUCGUCGCAGACCACAUUUCCAAACAUCGCUGCUUUCCAUUAUGUGUCCUUUGUGUACGUAUUGUUCCAAUUCCUGCGAGGGAAACCGGGCACUGUUAUCCAUGAUAUUUGUAAGCUUGUUCCAGUGAAUUUGUUUGGUAGAAACCCAAGUUUUUCCCUGC